CUUUCGUGCUAGCCCAAGCACUUCUGAUUGGAUGAGCUCUUCCAAUGAUCUUUCAAUCCGCCUCCCCAAUAGCCCGCCUUCUUCGCUUUACGGCUUCCUAUUGAAGAAGAGCAAUUGGAUUGGCAGUAGGCUGUAGCCCGUAGGGAGCCUCGUCGCCGUCAGAGAAUCGGACGGCUGGAGGCGGAGAAGCAAAUCGCGGAAACGUGGGAAGCAUCUGAAGCUUCUAUGGGUGGUGGUGGUAUUGUUUUUUCUGAUAUUCAUCAUGAUAACUCCAGUAUUUGAACUGAAUCAAGAUCCAGAUUUUCUCACAAUAAUUAUCAAGGUACCUUAUGCACGAGUUUCAGAAUUUGACGUCUAUUUUGAAGGGAAUUUGUUUCGUUUUUAUGCAAAACCUUACUUUCUCAGAUUAACACUUCCUGGAAGAGUUGUAGAAGAUGGAAGAGAGAAAGCAUCAUAUGAUGAUUCAGGGAUGUUUACAAUCCACCUUCCCAAAGAGACUCCUGGAGAAAAAUUUGAUGGCCUAGAUAUGUUGACCGCUCUGUUAGCACCAAAGAAAUCCCGAUCAGCUAAACCUUUAGUGGAAGAGAUGGGUGCUCCAGAUGAGGAGAACAUGGAGGAGGAGGAGGAAUUUGACUGGGAAAUAGAACAAACUCUUCAGAAAGAUUACACAGAGGAUUCCUUGUGUCCAUCGAAUACCUAUGGAUUUGGAAGUCAGAAAUCAGGAGUUUUUCGACGUCUCCAGGAUGAACUUAAUGAAGUUGUUGAUGUUAAAAAUCCAGACAUAACACCUGCCUCUGAACGCAGAGAAAAACGACUUGCAGCAGAAGCUGCUAAAUUUGAUCCUGAUCAUUACCUAGCUGAUUUUUUUGAAGAUGAAGCUAUUCACCAUCUGUUGAACUAUAAGCCCUGGUGGGUGAACGCCUACGAGUUGAUGAUGAAUGCUCAAGAAAGCACUUCAUGGAUUUCCUUUACAGAAGAUGAGAAAGAGCAGCUAAGAAAAUUCACUAACAGGUCAUUCCUGCUUGAUAAAAGAACCAGCCAGCAAGUCUAUCUGAGCUUAAUUGAUAUACUUUUAGCAUAUUGCUAUGAGAUCUGUGCUACUGAAGGAGAAAAUAAUGUUGAAUCACCAUGGAACAUACGAAAAUUGAGCUCAACUUUAUGCUGGUUGGAGAGUUUUACUAGCAUUUCUGAAGUCCUUAUAUCCUUUGGAAGAAGAGUUCUGUGCUAUCCACUUUACAGACACUUCAGUUUAGUGAUACGAGCCUUGAAUGAUACUAAAAUGAUACUGAAAUUAGGUAAAAGUGCCAUUUUGAAGUGUCUGCUAGAUAUUCACAAGAUUUUUCGGGAGAAUGAUCCUGCAUAUAUUCUUAAUGACCUUUACAUCACAGAUUACUGCAUUUGGAUUCAAAAAGCUAAGUCAAAGAAGUUGGCAGCGCUUGCUGAUUGCAUGCAGAAAGCAGAGCUGGCUAAGGAGGACUUGGGUUUUGAAUUAAAUGAGCUGGAAACAGCUGCACUUCUGGUACGAGAGGAAGAGAAAGAGUUAAAAGCGAUUGACGACGCAGGCGAUUCUGUGCAGCAGCUGCUGCCUCCCUCCCAAGAAGAAUCAAGCGAAUUUGAGGACUCGGGCAGCACUUCAUCAUACGAGACAGAAGUCUCUGAUUCGGAUGAACAAGAGUCCUCAGCCAGUGAAGAUGGGAAAAUAAAUCCUUUACAAUGCACACUCCUAGAGAAGAGGACAGCCCCACUUAUUGACGAUAAUGGAUUAAGGCGAGACACAGGCACUUUGACACUGGAGGGUAGUAAUGAAAAAUCAAAGGCUUCUCUACAGUCUACAUCUGUUUCGGGAAAACUGAUAGAAGAAUUAGGAAAGCAAAUGCAGGCGGCAGUAAGGCUGACGGAGUUGCCUAAAGCUGCACCUCCUCUGAGGGGUGACGGCCAGGAUUGCAGCAGCCCUUCGCAAGGGAUGGAAACCAAAGGCACCGCUCAGCCUGAAGGACUUUUACUGGAUCCUAAUUAAAAGGAACAUUUCUUGGAAGUGACUCCAAAGUUUUGGGUAUUACAGAUGAAGCUUCUUAGACAAUAAUUAGGGAAAAAUAUAAUCAAAUAUGGAAGGGAGUUUCUGGAAAAAAUAUAAGCUUAGCUAUUUUUUGUAUUUUAAAAUUAAUUCUGUUAACAGUUUAAUAUCUUGUUUAUUUGCUUUUAAAUAUUUUGAGGUGCUUGUGCCUGACUAGAAUAAGUAAAAAAUAUUAUAGUUUCCAGAUAUUUGCAUGUAAUAUUUUUGACUUUCAAGAUGAUUUCUGUAUAUGCAGCAUAUUCAAUAUCUGUUCAGAUUAAUGGUAAUAAUAUUUCCCAAUACUGAAUUUUGUGGAAUUUAUUGGGACUUACUGCAGGCAGUGAUGGGAAAGAGAUUGGUUCAGUUAAUAUUUUACUAUGAACCAAUCCAAAUUUCAAUUCUCUAAACAAUACACAAGUUGGAAUCCAGAUAUCUCUCAGUAUUUAUUUUUAUGCAAAUUAUGCAAUAUAAUUGUCUUAUCAAAAAUUUGAACAUAAAUUAGGAUGUGUGUGUAUGCUGAGAUAUGUGUAUGAUAUAAAUUGAAAGAUUUUGUUGUGAUCGUUCAUCACCACAUACAAAAUCAAUAUGUGAAUAUCCGAGGCUGAAUCAACAAUGUUGGUAUAAUUAGGAGAAAUACAUAUAAACAUUAUUGACUAAAAACAAUAUUAAAAACAGCUAAGAUAUUUGUUUUAGUUACACAUGUGUGACAAAAAAGAAAAGGUGUUGGUAUGUAUUCUCUUUGGAUAUAUAGUCAAAAAAUUCCACCUUAUAUAUAUUUGGAUGAAUGAGAAUUUUAAGUACAAAUAGGUUCAUACCAGCCUUUGUUAAAUAUGUAAAAAUAAGAUUAGGAAACUUAAAAACUGGGGGGGGGAGAUCAAAACUCAUGGAGUAAAAUUGAUAGGUUUCUAUCCAUCAAAAUUGUCAUUUGUGAGACGUGACUAUAUUUGGCAAUAUUAUUUUAGAGCAUACAACAUAUAUUUCACUGCUGAUUAAUAAAUAUUUGAUUAUAGAUUACCUUUAUGCUACUGGCCUGUGGCUCAGCUGGAGAAAAUGUGAUUCACUGGUUAGAAUGCAGGUUGAAAUGUAGGAAAUAACAUAGAUGUAAUUAUUCCAGUGGCUUAAUAAAAGAUGCAUUGUGAUUGAAGAGCAAAAAUGACCAUUCUCAUUGAGGGCUAUAUGCCCAAAUCAUGUUUUUUUUUUACAAUAUUUGCUAUUAAUAGACAAAGCUGCAUUUUUUCAUUUGCAUCCAGGAUACACAAUAUGCAUGUCCCUAUUCAUAAUUUGUCAUCCUGAACUAUAAAUACUAUUUCAUAUUAUUUGAAGUUUUUCACAAUGUAUUUCCACAGUGAUUAGUGAUAACAUAAUAAACUAUACAGAAAAUGUACCUAAGACACCA